AUGUCUGCCGCAACAUUGCUUCUGCUAUGGACAGUAGCACUGGCUGCCGGGAGCCACGUCAAGACGCAGCACUACAACCGCAGGAUACCAAAAGCGGAAUUUCGGUUCGGUUUGAAACUUCUUAGGGAACUGUCUCCUGCUGGACACAAUGGGAAAAGAAACAUCUUGUUCUCUCUAGCCGGCAUAUCCGCAGCCGUGGGGAUGGUCUACGCCGGCGCAGGAGUCACCCGGUGCAGCCCUGGUAUUGCCAACGCUGCUCUGAUCGAUGAAUCGUUCAGCGUUCUUGACGGCUACAAGAAAGACCGGGUUCGGACAUUUAACGGUUGGCUUUGCUCUGUCGAUUUCACUUAUAGUUACAAUGGAGUGACGUCUCAGAUCAACGAUUGGGUUAAAGCUAAGACGAACGGCAUGGCCCCGAAGAUGAUCAACGAGGACAUGGGCAUGCAGAAACGUCCUGCUGCUUCUGUUGAACGCUAUCUAUACUUCAAAGGUACCUGGUACUAUGCGUUGGACCUUUCAAGGGGCACACUUCUCCCCUUCUGCGAUUACAGAAGCCAAACUCAUCCGGUGGAAACGAUGCGUAGCGUUGCCAAGUUGAGUCACGUCGCCCUUCGCAGCCCCAAGUCUCAAGCCGCCAAAUUGCGUUACAGAGGUGGCCGCUGCAGUCUCCUGCUCCACAAGAGGUAG